GAUUUGCAUGCGGCCGCCGCGGCCGCUGCCUGCGCCUGAGCCCGCCGCCGCCGCCGGAGCCCGUGCCCGCUCCCGGCCGGCGCGGCCCCAUGCCUCUGGCGCGGCCCUCGGGGGGGCGAAGGUGAAGACCGGCUCCUAGGAUGAGUGAAGGGGCGGCCGCUGCCUCGCCACCUGGAGCCGCUUCGGCAGCCGCCGCCUCGGCCGAGGAGGGCACCGCGGCGGCUGCGGCGGCGGCAGCGGGCGGGGGCCCGGACGGCGGCGGCGAAGGGGCGGCCGAGCCCCCCCGGGAGUUACGCUGUAGCGACUGCAUCGUGUGGAACAGGCAGCAGACGUGGCUGUGCGUGGUGCCUCUAUUCAUCGGCUUCAUCGGCCUGGGGCUCAGCCUCAUGCUCCUCAAAUGGAUCGUGGUGGGCUCCGUCAAGGAGUACGUGCCCACCGACCUGGUGGACUCCAAGGGGAUGGGCCAGGACCCCUUCUUCCUCUCGAAGCCCAGCUCCUUCCCCAAGGCCAUGGAGACCACCACCGCGACGACCACUUCCACCACGUCCCCCGCCAGCCCCUCUGCGGGCGGCACCGCCUCUUCCAGGACGCCCAACCGGAUUAGCACUCGCCUGACCACCAUCACGCGGGCGCCCACUCGCUUCCCCGGGCACCGAGUGCCCAUCCGGGCCAGCCCGCGCUCCACCACGGCACGGAACACUGCGGCCCCUCCGACGGUCCUGUCCACCACGGCCCCUUUCUUCAGUAGCAGCACGCCGGGUUCCCGACCCCCGGUGCCGGGAACCCCCAGUACCCAGGCAAUGCCCUCCUGGCCCACUGCGGCAUUCGCUACCUCCUCCUACCUUCACGACUCUACUCCCUCCUGGACCCUGUCUCCCUUUCAGGAUGCUGCCGCCGCUGCCGCUUCCUCCUCCACAACCUUAGCUUCCUCCUCCUCUACCACGACCACGCCAGAAACGAGCACCAGCCCCAAAUUUCAUACGACGACUUAUUCCACUGAGCGAUCUGAGCACUUCAAACCUUGCCGAGACAAGGACCUCGCAUACUGUCUCAACGAUGGCGAGUGCUUUGUGAUCGAAACCCUGACGGGAUCCCAUAAACACUGUCGGUGCAAAGAAGGCUACCAAGGAGUCCGUUGUGAUCAAUUUCUGCCCAAAACUGAUUCCAUCUUAUCGGAUCCAACAGACCACUUGGGAAUCGAAUUCAUGGAGAGUGAAGAAGUUUACCAAAGGCAGGUGCUGUCAAUUUCAUGUAUCAUCUUUGGAAUUAUCAUCGUGGGCAUCUUCUGUGCAGCAUUCUACUUCAAAAGCAAGAAACAAGCAAAACAAAUUCAAGAGCAGCUGAAAGAGCCACAAAGUGGUAAAAACUACAGUCUCAAAGCAUCGAGCACAAUGGCAAAGUCAGAGAGCUUGGUGAAAAAUCACGUCCAACUGCAAAAUUAUUCAAAGGCGGAAAGGCAUCCUGUGACUGCACUGGAGAAAAUGAUGGAGUCAAGCUUUGCUGGCCCCCAGUCAUUCCCAGAGGUCCCUUCUCCCGACAGAGGAAGCCAAUCUGUCACACACCACAGGUACAGCAGGAGCCUCUCCUCUUGCUGCAGCCCAGGACAAAGGAGCGGUAUGCUACAUAGGAAUGCCUUCAGAAGGACACCACCCUCGCCCAGGAGUCGGCUGGGCGGACUUGUGGGACCAGCAUAUCAGCAACUUGAGGAAUCAAGGAUCCCAGACCAGGAUACGAUACCUUGCCAAGGGGUAGAGGUCAGGAAGACUAUAUCCCACCUGCCUAUACAGCUGUGGUGUGUUGAAAGAUCCCUGGACUUAAAGUAUCCGUCUAAUGGUUUAAAAACCCAACAAAAUGCAUCAAUAAAUAUGCAACUGCCUUCAAGAGAGACAAACUCCUAUUUUAAUAGCUUGGAUCAAAAGGACCUGAUGGGGUAUUCAUCCCCAAGGGCCAGCUCUGUGCCCAUCAUCCCUUCAGUGGGUCUAGAGGAAACCUGCAUGCAAAUGCCAGGGAUUUCUGAAGUCAAAAGCAUCAAAUGGUGCAAAAACUCCUACUCUGCUGACACUGUCAAUGUGAGUAUUCCAGUCAGCAAUUGUCUUAUAGCAGAACAACAAGAAGUGAAAGUACUGCUAGAAACUGUCCAGGAGCAGAUCCGCAUUCUGACUGAUGCCAGGCGGUCAGAAGACUACGAACUGGCCAGCGUAGAAACGGAGGACAGUGCGAGUGAAAACAUAGCCUUUCUCCCCCUGAGUCCCACCGCCAAAUCAGAACAAGAGGCACAAUUUGUCUUAAGAAAUGAAAUACAAAGAGACUCUGCAUUGACCAAGUGACUUGAGAUGUAGGAAUCCGUGUGUUCUAUGCUUUGCUCAACAGGAAAGAGAGGAAAUUAAAUACAAAUUAUUUAUAUGCAUUAAUUUAAGAGCAUCUACUUAGAAGAAACCAAAUAGUCUAUCGCCCUCAUAUCAUAGUGUUUUUUAACAAAAUAUUUUUUUAAAGGGAAAGAAACGUUUCAGGAGGGAUAAAGCUUACAACUAAAGCUUUUGGGGAGAAGUCUGAAUACAAUUUCAGUUCGUCCCAACUCUGUCCUCUUUGGCUCUUAGUAGAUACGGGCUAUGCAGACCCUCAGCCCUUCAUCAAAAAGCACUGGCCUUUCCAGGUUUCGAGGAGACGAGCUGCUGCUGCCUGUGGCUGGACAUGCCAGCGAGCAGGCAGCGCUCGCCGUUUGGCUUGACAGUCCCAACCCCUAAAUUUCUCUUCACUUGACAGCCUCAUCACAGGUUAUGUCAUAUCGACAAAUGUAGUGUUUUCUAUUUAAUUUUUGAAGAAUGGCACAAAGACUCUGGAAGGAGAAGGAAGACAGAAGAGAGAGGGAGUCGUCGGGGGGUAUCUUAACUACUCUUCCUUGCCAUCUUCCUCUGAGAUUUGAAGGUGCAGAAUCUCAGAGGAAGAUAUGAAAUUCUUAUAGAAAAAGAGACAAAAAAAAAAUCACAAUGUCGUGUCACUAAAUCAUGCUGAUAGAAAUGUUUUUCUUUGAGAAUGUUUAGGGGCUCCAAAGGAGCAUUUCUCGGUGUGUGUGUGUGUGGGUGUGGGUGUGGGUGUGUGUGGGUGUGUGUGUGUGUGUAUGUGCAUGUGAGAGCAUGUGUGUGUGUGUACGUGCAUGUGAGAGCAUGCGUGUGUGUGUGAGUGAGUGUGUGAGCUCGCUCCCUCGAGCAUUUGAGCACUCGUAUGCUGUAUGCACAUGUGUUUAUUGUGAGUAUGUGUGUGCAUGUGUGUGCGUAUUAAGCUUGCUAAAAUUUGUUGAAACAUCAGGGAAUCUAAUAUUCAGAAAAAAAAAUUUCCCUUUUAGAUCCAUUCACUUUAAAUUUUUCCAUUAACUAUAAACUUCAGUUAGUAAGUUCUUAAAUCAAGGUCACUUGCAUGGUGGGGUCCUAUAACACUUUUGACAAUGUCUAAACCAUUUUCUGAUGUGAAUACUUCCGAGAAAAACUAUAGACUCAUUGAUGAUAUCUGUAUCACAGGUGAAUUGAGGAUGUGUGUUUAUUUUGAAUCACGCGUACUUAAAUUAUUUACAUAAGCCAAUGACCAAUUUGACAGUUACCCUUUGCUUUUUCAUCAUCCUCAUUACCAUUUAUUUUGUAGCAAGGCUACAACGCGUGGACCAAGACAUUGGCUUCUGUGGUUGAUAUGGAAAGAAUAAAUUGUUGAAAUCACAAAGCCCAGACGAUUCAGUUCACAGAAAGCCCCCAAAAGAACAGUAAAUUGUGUUGUAUGUUCAUUUGGAAUAAAGCAAUAUUUUUACCACUCCUGAGGUGAACUGAAACUUCUCCUGAAGAUUUGUCUGUUUUAUUUACCCUUAAUUUCCUGGGGACAUUCAAAGAAAUUAGUGUUCACAUAACCAGUCGUUUUCCAAUUAUUGGUGGUGUUGUUAUGUUUACACUGUUUUAAAUAAAA